AUGGCUGGACUCCUACUGAAGCCGGUCCAUGAAUGGCCCAUCUCGUUUCCCCACAUGCUCCUCAUCCUCUCGGCAAUGACCAUCUAUAUCUAUCUCCAACCUCUCAAGCACCUCCUCCAUUCCAUCAUUCCCAUCUCUGGCCCCAUCCUAGGCUACUCGCUUGCCUUCCUCAGUUCUCUUUGCCUGUCCUUCGGUCUCCAGCCAGCCCUCAAAACGCCCCUCCGCUUCAUUUACAAUUGCUUCAUCAAACCUUUCCUUCGGAGGUCGACUGGACAUCAGCAGAAAGAUCAUCUGGAAGCGUUCUACGCUGACCAGGCAGACCUGUAUGAUGCUACCAGGUCUCAUCUCUUGAAGGGACGAGAAACUAUGCUCCAGCUUUUGGCUGCCCAUCUGAAAGCUCAACCAUCUGUGCGAAUGCCUCAUAAUGCUUUUCACAAACCAAGAAUCUGGGUCGAUCUCGGAGGUGGGACAGGGUGGAACAUUGAAAAGAUGGACGAGUAUCUGCCCCUCACGUAUUUCGAUGCCAUCUACAUUGUUGAUCUCUGCGAUCCUCUCCUCAAAGUCGCCGCAGCCAGAAUCAAAGCCAGAGGGUGGAAGAACGUACACGUCUUGUGUCAGGACGCGAGCAAGUUUGUCUUGCCAGAGUGGGAGAAGGGGCUUCUUGAUCCAAGGGGAAGCUUGACUGCUAUCACCAUGAGCUACUCGCUCUCCAUGAUCCCACCAUUCUACCAAGUCUUGGAUCGCUGUGACCAGGUCCUCGAUUCCCAGCGAGGCCUUAUGGGUGUGGUAGACUUUUACACGUCGCGAGAAACUAGCCAGAAAGAAAGAGCCAUCGGCACUGCAAGCAAGCGAGUUUCUUGGUUCGCCAAGUGGUUCUGGGAAUGCUGGUUCGCUUUCGAUAACGUCCAUCUUCACGGCUCUCGCAGAGAUUAUCUCGAGUACAAGAUGGGAACUAUCAAAACAUACAAUGGACGCAACAACUUUCUCAAUACGUGGUUCAUCCAGAUUCCCUACUACGUUUUUCUUGGAUGUUCCCGUCAGCGCGACGCUUCGACUACUGCCAAAUCAUUCGCCAUCGAAGCUGGCAAUCAUCUAGGACACAGCAAUCACGGACUUCUCACACCUACAUCACCCUUCGCAAUCGUUCCCAGCCCCAGCCCGAAGAUGUUAUCCGGCUCGCCCAUGUUGGAAAUGCCAGAGCUCAAGUUGGGACCAAGCGCGGCAGCCGGGAAAGAGGAAAGCAUCGUGGAUGUUGGAGCCCCGCUGAGUCCUUUCCACUACCAUCUGAGAAAGUCUUGGAGGGUCCCGUAUCUGGAAGAGAAGAUCCAUGAACAGUUCAGGACCCACAUCUACGGCUGGGUAUGGGAAGAUCCCGCAGUGGAUGUCAAGAAGCUGGGUAUCAACAGAGAUGAUCAUAUCCUGGCAAUCACUUCGGCCGGUGACAAUGUGCUCCACUAUGCUCUGGCAGCUCAGCCCGCAAGGAUCCACGCAGUUGACAUGAACCCUUGUCAAGGUCACAUACUCGAACUCAAACUCGCCGCCAUCCAGUCCCUUGAGUACAAUGAUUUCUGGCUCAUCUUUGGAGAGGGCCGUCAUCCCAAGUUUGACAAAUUAUUGACUACCAAGAUGUCGCCUUUCCUCUCCUCCCAUGCCUAUGCUUACUGGAAGACCCACGCCUCACAAUUCUCCCGCAACUUUUACUUCCGAGGCUACAGCGGAUGGGCGCUCCGUAUCGCCCAGAUCGCCUUCCUUCUCGCGGGUGUGAGAGGCGACGUAAAAAAGCUCUGUCAGGCUGCUAGCGUCAAAGAGCAGCAGCAGAUCUGGGACAAGAAAUUGCGACCGGUUUUCUUGAAUAGGUUUAUGCUUAAAGUCAUAUUGGGAAAUCCCUUGUUCAACUGGCAUGCGCUGGGGGUCCCCCAAAACCAAAUGAAUUGUUUCCUUCAGGACGGCACCGUCGAAGACUUUGUCAAGGCUACAUUCGACCCUAUUCCCAGCCUGACCACUCUCAAAGACGACAAUUACUUCUUCUUCCUGUGCCUCAACGGGAGAUAUACCCGAGCAUCUUGUCCUUCGUAUCUCAAACCUGAGGGAUUCCACGCUCUGAAGGCCGGUAGGCGUACCGAUGCCCUCAAGCUGCAUACAGAUACCAUUCUCAACGUUCUACGUGGUCUACCCGACGGAUCGCUGACGAAAAUUAUUUUUAUGGACUCUGGGGAUUGGUUCACCCCUAUCCCCGCGUCUACCCCGCUUCCUUCCGAAUCGUCCAUUGCUCCAGACACCCUCGGCGACUCGCCCGAAAAGUCGCUCGAACACCUGCAAUCAGAGCUGGACUACGAAAUCUUGGAGAUGAAAAGGGUACUAAAAGUUGGAGGAAUGGCGGUAUGGAGAAGUGCAGCGAAGAGGCCUUGGUACAGGCAGAGGUUCGAAUUGGCCGGGUUCAAAUGUGAGGCUAUCGACGUUCGAGAGGACGGGAAGGCCAUUGAUAGGGUGAACUUUUAUGCCUCCCGUGAGUUCUCUGAUGAAGAGUUGACGAUGGACUCACAUCGUUCUAGUAUGGAAGGCUACGAAGCUUGCCCAAUGACAACCGAUAGCAGCGUAUAG